AUAUAUAGAGAGUUGUAUAUAAAUUUUGUAUAUAUUUUGCAAAAUAGUAGCGCAAUCUGCGCAAGUUUUCAUGCGCAUUGAAACUUCGUAAACCUGGUCGAUUGCGGUGUUCCACUUAGUUUUUCAGCUGAUCACGCUUUCCACGGGCGCUUCGCAGACGACGCGUGUGUCAUGUACGAGAUUGUCGCAGCGUAAUAAGACGAGUGCUGUGUCUUGUGUAGUUGCUAGCUAGUGGCAGUGAAAAUGUUUUCAGGACUUACUAACCAGGUCAGUUCUUGGAUGGGGGCAGCUAAGGGCGAGCCCCAGGACGAGGAAGUGCCCACCCCGACCAAAGAAGCGAUAGCGGAAGCUGCGGCUGAAGGCGAAAAGCAAAGUCCAACAAAGGCUGGUGGCAAGUUGGACCUCAUCACCAAUGUCAAAUCACAAAUGACCGGCUGGCUAGGCUCCGGUAUACCAAUACCCGGCCUCCGAAAAAAUGAAGUACCACCAGUGGACGUCACAGAACCUACACCAGUGGAGCCAACUGAACCGGCAGAGCCUAAAGCAGAGGGGAAAGACGAUGAUGAUAAUUCUAGUGCGACUGGAGGCGCUGACAGCAGGCCCGGGUCUACCGGCGGCACUCCGACCGAAGAACAGCCAGCGGGCGUUGGUAACGGUCCUCAGAGUAAAAAGUUGUUCACAGUAAACGCAAUGGAAGUGCCCGAUAUGCAAGAGUUGACUACCAAAGCGGUUGCCGGCGCAAAGUCACUUGGCAACUUCCUGUAUUCCGCGGUGAACAAAGCUGGCGCGAAGGUCAGCGAAGCCAGCGCUAAAAUCAAGAAGACCGUUGAGGAAAACAGCAUUCUCGGAGAGUUCAACCGUGAGCAAGAUGCUUUUAUCAAAGGCCAGGGUGCCGGAGGGGCUUCUGCAGUGCCACCGUGGGUCGGAGCCCCCAAUGAAGCCGCGCUCAAGGAGGAAUGCCUGUCCUUAUCUACUGACCGGCGGAACUUCGUACGGGCCCCUCCAGCCGGCGUAGAGUUCGACUUCGAUUACGACAAGAUGUACCCGGUCGCGCAGGCCAUCAUGACUGAGGACAACAACCUUGAGAAGAUGCGCUUCGAUCUUGUGCCAAAAGUAAUCACGGAGGAGAACUUCUGGCGGAACUACUUCUACCGCGUGUCGCUCAUCUGCCAGGCCAACGAGGCCGACGCCGCUGGAGGUCGCCAAUACAGCGCUGAUGAGUCCCAGGAUGCCAAAUCAGCUGCCGGCAAUCUAAUAGCCAAUGAGAAAGCAUCCCAAGAAUCGAUAGAUGAUGCGAAGAAAAGAAUUAAAUCGCUCAAAGUCGAUAGAGACAACGACGACGAACAAUGGGAGAAGGAGCUGGACGCGGAACUUAAAGAAUACGAGGUAGUAGCCGAAAAGACUGGAGAUGAUAAAUGGGAAAAAGAAUGCGAAGACCUGCUCGGCGAUGAUUUGGAUCUUAAGUAAAAAAGUAUAGUUAAAAUCACAGUAGACCACAUAAGACCGGAGUAAAUGUUAAAACUUUUUUCGGCCUCAAUUUAUUUUCUCGGUUAUUUUUUAUACUGAAAAUGAUACAUAUGUUGAUGUUGUAAAAUAAACUUUGCAUUUCAGAGACCAUUUUAGAGUAUAGACCCACCACGCUGUUCCAAUGCGGUUUGGUGAGCUUUUAAAAUACCACAGUGUAAAGAACGUAUACAGUUGUUCGAAGCCUUUGAAUUUUGUCACAGUCCAGACAGUGUCGCAACACAUUGUAUAGGGCCCUUGCGGAGGCCAGUAAGGUUAAUAAAGGGGUCAACGUUAUGAAAGGUAGAAAAAGCCUAUAGAGACAAAAAGUCCUAUCGACGGGCACAAAGCUAUGUUGCGGCUUCUCAUAAACAGUGGUACAAAUGACUUUUGAAUUUGGUUUCUGAUUGUAUAAACUUGGGUAUUUUCAAAUAAUCGGGCUGUGUUUGCGGGUCGUAGGCACGCCUUGAGGCCUAAGAUAUUAAUUAAAAACGUCCAUUAAUAAAGUCACAUGUACCAUUAGUACAAGGAAUUUUUCGCUCGCAAUCGAAAAGUCGUUUUGCAAGUCUAAAUACUUGAACAUCAGAGUAAUUUGGGUCCUAUUUUAUUCAAUUAAAGCCUAAAAUUCUUUAGGCCGGGAUUUUGCCGAAACUUUUGUAAAAUAAAAAUCAUAAGAACAGGAUUAGCGAUACUAAUACGUUGUGAGAUUAGGGCCAUAUUACUUUGGCGAUAUAGAAUAGAAUAGAAAAACUUUGCAACACAACACAAUAGGAAAAAUACAAGGAAAACAGUAAUAGUACUUAGUGCUAGGAUGCAAAGGCGGCCUUAUCACUAAAAGU